CAAAGGACGAGACGAACAGGAAGCACGAUAAGGACCUAUAGUUUGUGACAUCUUUUGAGCUAUACUUUUAAUUUUGCAAAUACAUGUAUGUGCAAUACGAGAGAUCUUCCACAAUUUUGGAAAUUUGCCAAAGGACAAUGAUAGACUAAAUCAUAUUUUAAGAGGUUUGAGAAUAGAUAAGGCUAUAUUUUGGAGCAUUCUAGGUGGUAUACCAUCAGGAUCCGGACGUUCGUUUAUAUUCAAGGUAAUCUAAAGCUCGGGGCGUUGACUCCUUGUUUAGACAUCUCAGCUGUUGGACCUUCGGAAUGGAACCAAGCACCUGCCUAGCUCUGCUGGCGUGGACAGGUGUGUUAUCUGUGAUAGCUUCCGGUCAUCGCCUCAAGAGAUCCACAAGCUGCGCUAAGAAGUAUGAAGUCAUCCCAAACCAUUCAGCGUGUCUCCCUAAGUCCUCCACGGCGAGCGCGUCAGGCGUCUCAGAUGCUGACAAGAGAGCCAUUGUUGAUAAACACAACGAGUUCCGAUCAGGUGUGCAGCCCACAGCAGUCGCCAUGGCUAAAAUGUCGUGGGACGAUGAAAUAGCCAUGGUCGCCCAGAAGUAUGCUGACGCCUGUAAAGGACUCGUUCAUGACGGUGGACGACAACGGGGCAUCCCUGGUCGUUUCUCUGUUGGCCAGAACUUAGCCAGCGCCUCCUAUGACCUGGGGUGGCCUAAAGUUGUGAAGCUGUGGUACGACGAAGUAAAAGAUUUCACCCUGGGUGGGACCAACCAGCUUUCCCUAGUGGGCCACUAUACACAGGUUGUUUGGGCGAAAUCAAUAAAAAUCGGAUGUGGAUACGCCAUAUGUGGUUCAACAAGAAGUUACGUCUGCAAUUACGGACCGGGAGGUAAUUUGGACAUAAACAAUCCCUACACAUCUGGAACGUCAUGCAGCCAGUGUCAAAGUAACUGUGCCAAUAAUUUAUGUGAUUGUCAGGGGAAGGCAUGUGAAAAUGGCGGUACAAUGGAUUUCAAUACAUGCACAUGCACAUGCAAAACGCCUUCAACAACGUAUUUUGGGCCAUCCUGCCGAUUGAAUUGUACGGGACAGAAGGACGCAUCUUAUCUGUGUGGGCCACAGUAUACCCCCGUCAUGUGUGGUACAUACACUAAUGUACCCGUGGAUUGUCCCGCGAUGUGUGACGUCUGCCCGUAUGCCGGGGUUGGAUACGAUAGUUCUAGUUCGCCCGGCGGUGGACAAAGUAGACUGGAGUCCCAGACGCAGUUAUCGUUCCUGUCUACAAUUCUCUUCAUUGUACUCCAGUUUACUCUUUAACGUGCAGUCUAUCACCUGAAUGGUAGAUUUAGAGGAGGUGGGAGACGCGUUAUUUACCAAAAGGAUUUCAUAUUGUCAUUUAGGGGCUGUUACCUCCCUUUUGGGGGCGGAAAAAGUACCAUUACAUGUCGGAACGCCAGCCCAGACAACUAACUAUUAUACCUUCAAUAUGUGCAAUGUAUACAUGUAACAUAAUACUGUUUUCUAUAGUUGGAACAGUUAAAUUAAUACUCAUUCGUUAAUAAAGUCACUGUUAGGUCUGGGUGAGUAGGUUAUGAUAUUGAUGUGUAUUUUGAUUUACUCUGUGGCAAUGACGGGGUGCUUGUUUCACUGUAAGUCUAAUGUCAGUCUGUCAGAAAUGAAAAAUUGACUAUUAGUUAAUACAGUUCAAUCUCUCGUAAUUUUUCUAUCUCUAUGUUAAUGCUAUUUUCAUGUAUAAGAUAUAAUAUGUAAUCUACACGGUGUAAGUAACUGAUUAUAACACACGAACGGUGAGGUGACGUCAUUUUGUUAUUUGUUUAUAAGAGGUUUCUAUGUAACUGUAUCAGUUUGUUAAUUAUGACAUUCAUAUAAACUGUAUGUCAAAAUGGAA